AUGGAUGUCGUCGAUCUACAACCAGCUGUUGAGCGGCUCGAGGAGAAUAUCGACGCUUUAGAAGAAACGCUACAGAAACUCCUGGGAUCGUCAUUAGAAGAAACCUCGCGAAAGCUACCUUUGCUCGACCGCGCAAAACUGCAUGUUCUGGUUACUUAUACGCUGGAAUCACUUUUGCAUUCCUACUUGCGACUGCACGGCGUCGAUGCAAAAGACCACCCCAUCAACACAGAAUUAACUCGCCUGAAACAAUAUUUCGCAAAGAUCGAAAACCUCGAAAAACAGCCCGAGAAGCGCACAAUGGCAUUAGAUCAGGGAGCCGCUCGGCGAUUUAUUUCUCGCGGUCUUGCUGGCAAUGACAAAUUCGACAUUGCGCGCGCCGAGAAACAGGCCAAAGAAAAAGCGCGUGCGCAGCUCAAAGCAGCACUGAUGGCUCAGAAGAAACAGAGCAAGCCUGAAUCACUAGCUCUAGCGGUAGCAACCUCGCAAGAAUCAUCAAAUGAUACGCCGCAGUCCACGAGUCGUCCGCAACCCGACUCGGAUUCGGAUUCAAGCUCUGACUCUGAAUCAGAAGACGAAACCAAAGAAAUUGCAAAAGACGACGCGGCAAAGGAGUUCAAAGACUCCACCGAAUACAUCGAGCUGGCUACAGAUGAACCCACGGGGCGAGAGACGGCCAAAACAAAAGCCAAAAAUAGAAAGGAAGAAUUCAUGUCCAAAAAGGCGGAAAAAAGGGCCAAGAGAGAGGGCAACCAAAUCAAGAACGAAAAGCAACGCGAUGUUCGCAAAGAGCAGCGUCUGAAAAAGAAGGCCAUGAAGAGGGACAAGAGAGCCAAAGAGAAGGGCAAAGCCAAGUGA